AUGCCAGCAAUGGGAGGUUUGUCUUUGUACUACAUACAGAGACUUAUUGUCUUACUUCUGUGCCUCGUGCAUCAUCUGAACCCUUCCCUGGCUUAUUCUCUGAAAAACUGCUCCAUCUGUUAUUCUAACGAUGCCUCGGCUGAUGUUGUUUUGCAUUGCUCGGAACGUAAACUUGUAACUGUCCCUGAUGACAUACCCAGAGAUGCAAGUAUAGUGUAUCUCUCGCACAAUCAGCUCAAACAGAUCAACAGGGACGAUUUCCGGGAUCUGUCAAAGCUCAGAGUUUUGUCACUCGACGAAAAUCAGAUUGCUCACGUGGACGAUGGAUCUUUCAUCCAUUUGGUGGCAUUAACAAGGCUCCACAUGGCCAAUAACAAACUCACCGACCUGACAGGCAACCUCUUUCAGGGAAUGUCCAAUCUUACCAUGCUUGAUCUCUCCAGAAACAACAUUACGUCCAUUCAUACCUCAGCAUUUCAGUCCCUGUCCAGAUUAGAAACCGUGAUUUUAGACUCAAACAAGCUGCAACAAGUCGCUGACAUUCAGCCCGUCCUAAAGCUACCACUUAUACAGAAACUUAGUAUUACAGGUAAUCUAUUUCCCUCCUUUGAGACCAAAGAUCUGCUGCUGAAUGAGCCAUCAAGCCUGAAGGUGUUGGAUUUUUCGAAUAAUGUGUUUGAAAAGUUCAGCAUCACAACAAAGAUCUUUCCUCACCUUGAGAUGAUAGACUUUUCUAUGUCUGGCCAAGUUGCCGGCUGGAAGUGGGACAUACUUGACAAGACUUUACUAAGGAACAUAACUCAGCUGUAUUUUAAUUGCCCAUACAUUGCUUUCGAAGAGAUCCGAAAAGUCCUGCAGAGCCUCGACUCACUGAUGCAUCUGAGACUGAAUUAUAUGGACAAGUGGAUCGACAAAGGCCUCCUAGCUACGGUUUGCGAGAUACCGACACUUAAGAAGCUGGAUCUGUAUUGGAACAAAGUCCCCAAUAUAAGUGCAAAGCUUGUAACUUGCUCUCAGCUGAGUGAGCUUGAUUUGUCAUCUACUUCAAUGACUGAACUGUCUAAAGGCUCGAUUCGACUGAUGAAGCAACUGAUUUCCCUAACUUUAGUGAACAACCUUCUCACCAAGGUGCCCGAUGACAUUCGGAGUCUCUCCUCUCUCGAGAUCCUAAAUAUUGGUAUUAAUACCAUUUCUGAGUUGAGCUGUGGGGAUUUCACAAACACAACGCGCCUCAGAGAGCUUUAUUUGUACAACAACCACAUUGCCAAACUGGACAGAUGCAUCUUUGAAAGUCUUAAUGACCUGAAGGUUUUAGAUAUGAGUGACAACCUGAUGUUGACAUUUGGAGGCGCCUUCAAAAUAGGCCUGAAGAAGCUUGAGUUCUUGGAUCUAAGCAACAACUUAGUAGUUAUUCUUGAAAAGGGGGAUUUUCAGAGUUUAAGGUCCUUAAAAUAUUUGGAUAUGGUGUCAAAACAUAUCAGGAGGGUGAAACAUAAGUCUUUUGAUGGAUUGAAUAACCUGGGUAACCUAAGUGUAUCUCUUCCACUUUGUUUCGAAAAUAAAUUCAGAGCUUUACAGCAGUUGGAAAAUCUGACAAUCUACUUUGAUAGUGACAUAAUAUGCAAGGGAGAUCACAGUGGUUUUCCCUAUGACAUACCAAUGGACAUGCUGCAGGCUAUGAGACAUUUAGAGGAAUUGACAGCUGAGAAUUUCUACAUUUCUGCGCCAGAUGUGGACACUUUCAAAUACAAUCGCCAGCUCAAGAGUUUGACAAUCAGACAGACUGAUUUGUCAGACUUGGAUCCUGGACUGUUUCAGCCAAUGCCGCACCUGCAGGUUCUCGAUUUCUCCGAAACUAAGAUCAAGUCUUUGGAUUUUCUGUUCCAGGCCAAUCUGUCUGCAGUCAGAUGUUUGAAACUAAGUGACAAUGAGAUUAACGUGAUCAAUGAGACAGUCUUCCAAUUUCUCCCUGCACUAACAUACCUCGAUCUGAAAAACAACCCUUUCACUUGUGACUGCUCUAACGCUGGCUUUAUCCAAUGGGUGAAGAACAGCAACCAAACUCAGGUUGUUAAUGCCUACCAGUACACAUGUUCCUUCCCUGUGGCUGAACAAGGAAACAAGCUUCUGGACUUUAACAUCCUGUCCUGUUGGAUAGACAUUAGCUUCCUCUGCUUCAUUUCCAGCACUUGUCUGGUUGUUUUAUUCUUUAAUUCAUUUUUUCUUUUUUUUUUUUUUCUCCAUUUUUUUUUUUGGUGGCAGCUAGCCUAUGCCUACCGGCUCUUCCUGGCCUUCCUAUAUGACAGCAGGAAGAGAAAGGGAGGAACUCGUCAUCUUUACGAUGCCUUCAUCUCCUAUAAUGUUGACGACGAGGCCUGGGUUUACCAAGAGAUGCUUCCGGCACUGGAAGGAGAGCAGGGCUGGAGACUCUGUCUGCACCACAGAGACUUCCAGCCAGGGAAACCGAUCGUAGAGAACAUUACGGACGCCAUAUACGGCAGCAGGAAGACCAUCUGUGUGAUCACCCGGCGUUACCUGCAGAGCGAGUGGUGCUCCAGAGAGAUCCAGAUGGCCAGCUUCCGUCUGUUCGACGAACAGAAAGAUGUGUUGGUCCUGCUGUUUCUGGAGGAGAUCCCGGCCCACCAACUGUCUCCGUACUACCGCAUGAGGAAGCUGGUGAAGAAACGCACCUACCUGAGCUGGCCCCAGGCCGGCCAACACAUGGGAGUCUUCUGGCAGAAUGUAGGGAGAGCUCUGGAGACGGGGGACGCUCCCACCGAGACCGCUGACCUGCUCACUGGACCGGCAGGAUGCUGAAAAACAUAAUUUGGAAAAAUGCUACAAAAAAGUUGGAAAAGGGUUAAGGUUAG